AUGUCUGACGAAAAGAUAUUUGCUAUCUCAGAUCUUCACGUCGAUCAAACAGAAAAUAUGCAAUGGGUUGAACAAUUGUCAACGAACAAAUAUUUAAAUGACACAGUAAUAAUUGCAGGCGAUGUUACUCAUGUUCUGUCGAAAUUGAUUCGUACAUUAGAAAUAUUCAAGUCAAAAUUUAAAGAUGUUUAUUAUUGUCCGGGUAAUCACGAAUUAUGGACACGAUCCAAUAGAGAAGAUGAAGAAUUACAUAUUGAUAAUUCUAUAGAAAAAUUCCACUAUAUACUGAAAACUUGCGAAAAUCUUGGUGUACAUACAAAAUCAGGCGUUACUAGUCAAGGUGUAACUAUUGUGCCCUUAAACGGAUGGUAUGACGAUAGUUUACAUGUACCAAGUCCAAACGUUACAAGUGAUUUACAACUCUGGAGUGACUAUUAUUCAUGUAAAUGGACUAAUGAAGUACCACAGCAUCUAGCUGCAAAAUAUUUUACUACACUCAACGAAAAGUAUAUAUCUAGUUUUAAAGAAAAUAGAAAUAAUUCGAAAAUCAUUACAUUUUCACAUUUUUUAACAAGCAAAAAAUUAAUGAAAGCAUACAUCGAUGAAAUGUCUCUUCGUCGACAAAAAUGGCUUGACAGUCGAAAAGGUACACCAAGCAUAGAAGAAUUGAAGAGUGGAACAAUGACAGCGAAUUUUUCAUUAGUGGCUGGAACUGAAUUAUUAAAUGAACAAUUGAAAUUAAUUAAACCACAAGUACACAUAUUUGGUCAUAGUCAUCGUAAAAUGGAAUUGGAUAUUGAUGAUGGUAUUAGAUAUAUAAAUAAUCCACUUGGUUAUGUAAGAGAAAGAGAAACAGGAGUAAUCAAGUCACCUCCUGAACUUUAUGAAAUAAAUCUAAACGAAAAAUAA